AUGCCGCCAAAAAAGAGCCUUCGGCGGCGGCCCGCGACGCCAAACCUCAACGUCGCUCAACUUCGAGCCCAAGUACAAGAAGUCCAGAAUCAACCUCUCACCGCCGACCCCAACUCGCCACCAGAAACCCCCACCACAUCGCCGCCAUUCCUACGCAAGACCAGUCUAAAACCUCGGCGCCAACCUGACUUUCAUGAUUAUUUUCAGUCCUUGGAUUCGGAUCCUAACAUCAAGCCAACUGGCGAUGGACACCAAUUCAGCUAUCAGCCUUCAGUUGGCCCUCAUCAGUUAAGCCCUCGCUCGUCUUCCUCAUCCGGCAUGGCCGACGACACCAGUGAUGAGGACAGCAGCAGUGAAGAUGAGGAUGAAGAAGGUUCGGCAAGUCCCAGCAUACGGAGCAUGGGGAAUGCUACUGGCCCAGCCGUCUCCUCACCAAUUGACGACUCUGCUAUGGAGCUUGGCGACGAUGACACCGACAGCUCUAGUGAUUCAGACACUUCAGAAUCUGACUCAGGCUCAGAAUCCGACAGAUCCGGCGCAACAGACGAAGCUGAGACGUCUCACAUUACUGUUACUUCAACGGCUACGGCUACAGUUGCUUGUAAUUUCACUGUCGAGGAUAUUGACCCUAUGGAUAGCGAUUGCGACGGACUCGAUGUUCUACAACCUACCGAGAUUGAAUCCAAUCGCAGUCGCUCAAGGUCACGAAGCAGGAAAGCCCACAAGACUAUGGUCAAGGAUUUUAGGAAUCUCACUUGCAGCAACGAAACAUCAGAUAACGAGCAAAGUCCCGAGGGCGAGGGCGAACUUGACGAGGAAGCGCAAUUCUUGAAGCGCCGCGAGCAAAUCAAGAAAUUCCGACGUAUGAGCAUGGGUAGCAGCUUUGGCAAACGGACACACAGCGAGCUCAGCGACUCGGAGGAUGAGGGCGAAGGGCUCGACGCAAACGAGGUCGGCUCCAGCGCACGCCGUAUGCGGAGAAAGAUGCAUCGCACCAGCUUAUUAUUCCAUGAUCCGCCCCCUGCGCGGAUCGAGGAGCUUGAGGAGCCAGACUCCAGUGAGGAUGAACUUGUCGCGCACCAGCAUCUCGCAAGGGAAUUGCCCUAUUGGGCCAUCGAAAUUAUGGAGAUGGGCUCAAGCUCCAGCUAG